AUGACAUCUAUCUCAGCUCUUUCCUUCAUUUCAACAAUCAAUGUCUCUUCCAACUCAAAGAUUUCCCAUUCCUCCGUGUAUCCAUUUUUACAAAAACAACACCAAUCUUCUAAACUUAGAAAACCAAAACGCCAAGUGACAUGUAGUAGUAACAAUAACCAAAACAACCCUAAAGAAGAACAAGAACUAUCAAACAUUGUAGGACAUAGGAGAAAUGUCCUAAUUGGCCUUGGAGGGAUAUAUGGUACUUUGGCCACAAACCCUUCUGCCCUAGCUUCUCCAAUAUCUCCACCAGACUUAUCCAAAUGUGUUCCACCAUCUGAUCUACCCUCAGGUACAACACCUCCAAAUAUUAAUUGUUGUCCACCAUAUUCCACAAAAAUCACUGAUUUCAAAUUCCCUUCAAAUCAACCCUUAAGGGUAAGACAAGCAGCACAUUUAGUCGAUAAUGAGUUUCUAGAAAAAUACAAAAAAGCCACUGAACUCAUGAAAGCCUUACCUUCCAAUGAUCCACGUAACUUCACACAACAAGCAAAUAUCCAUUGUGCUUAUUGUGAUGGUGCAUAUUCCCAAGUUGGUUUCCCUGACCUUAAACUUCAAGUUCAUGGCUCUUGGCUCUUUUUUCCCUUUCAUAGAUGGUACCUUUAUUUCUAUGAAAGAAUCUUGGGCAGCUUGAUCAAUGAUCCAACCUUUGCGUUACCAUUUUGGAACUAUGAUGCUCCUGAUGGCAUGCAACUUCCCUCAAUUUACACCGACAAGGCAUCGCCUCUUUAUGACGAACUCCGAAAUGCGAGUCAUCAACCUCCAACGCUCAUAGACUUAAACUUUUGUGACAGUGAUAGUGAUAUACAUGGAGAUGAACUAAUAAAAACUAAUCUUUCUAUAAUGUAUAGACAAGUUUAUUCCAAUGGAAAAACCUCAAGACUUUUCCUUGGAAACCCUUAUCGUGCUGGAGAUGCAGAACCCCAGGGAGCUGGAUCAAUAGAGAAUGUUCCACAUGCACCCGUUCAUACUUGGACUGGUGACAAUACUCAAACUAACAUUGAAGACAUGGGAAUUUUCUAUUCAGCUGCAAGAGAUCCUAUUUUUUACUCUCACCAUUCCAACGUUGAUAGGUUAUGGUAUAUAUGGAAAACACUUGGUGGGAAAAAACAUGAUUUCACUGACAAAGAUUGGUUAGAAUCAGGGUUUCUUUUCUAUGAUGAGAACAAGAAUCUUGUUAGGGUUAAUGUGAAGGACAGUCUUGACAUAGAUAAACUAGGUUAUGCUUAUCAAGAUGUUCCCAUUCCAUGGGAAAAUGCUAAACCUGUGCCACGAAGAACAACAGUACCAAAAUUGGUGGAAGUUAAGGUUAAUGAUGGCAACUUAAGAAAAUCACCGACUAUCUUAAAAGUUCGACAACAGAGUCCAAGAAAAUACGUUACGUUUCCAUUGGUUUUGAAUAAUAAAGUGAGUGCUAUUGUGAAGAGGCCAAAGAAGUUAAGGAGCAAGAAAGAGAAGGAAGAAGAGGAAGAGGUUUUAGUGAUUGAGGGGAUUGAGUUUUAUAUGAAUAUAGCCAUUAAGUUUGAUGUUUAUAUUAAUGAUGAAGAUGAUAAGGUUGGGGCAGGGAAUACUGAGUUUGCUGGAAGCUUUGUGAAUAUCCCUCAUUCCGCACAUGGACACAAGAACAAGAAGAUUAUUACUUCUUUAAGACUUGGUAUAACUGAUUUGUUGGAAGAUUUGCAUGUCGAAGGCGAUGAUAAUAUUGUGGUUACAUUGGUUCCAAAAUGUGGGAGUGGACAAGUCAAAAUCAAUAACGUCGAGAUAGUGUUUGAAGAUUGA